AGGAGAUCAAUGGAGACGUAAACAAAGUCCCGGUCGCCUUUGCCUCUUUUUCCCGAUAUUUUUUCUUCCAGGGACGGUUGCUGGUGAAUGUUGGAAUAGAGGCUGACAGUACAUGGAGUGGUAUGGCGAGUGGCGGAGGGGACAGGCUGCGAAUGGUGACGGCGGUGGACCUGCGACACAAGAUGGACGCCCUCGUGUCUGACCUCUCCCACGCCCUGGACGAGUCUCAGCUGCCCCAAUACCACCGCAAGAGGAGGGGCUUCAAGCGACGCGCCAAGCUGGCCAACAAUCUUAGCUUGUCCAGCACCCACGCCCUCAGCGAAGACUCCUCCAGCAGCAUCGGCGAAGUCCUCCUCUCCCAGGACAACAAAUCCUCCAUCCCCCUCACCGACUCGGACGACAUGAGCCCCCCCCCAGAGCCCCGGCUGCGCACCCAGCUCCUCACCCACCACCGCGCCUCCUCCAACCUGGUCGAGUCCGACUCCGUCAAUGAGAACUUCUCCCCCGUGCGGCCCCACAACAGGAGUGUCAACCCUUUUUUGUGUAGGAAGAGAAAGUGCAAGAGGUUGGCCCUGGACCCAGACGUCCCCUCCACCUCUGCCACCACUCCCCAGGCCACAGGACCCUCCCCCAUGACCAAACCCACGGCCAUUGCCUCGGCCAUCCUGGCCGGCUCGUCCACCAACAGGAAGAAAAAGGUCCUCAGGCCAUCUCCGGACUCAGAGAACAGAUACCUCGCAAUCUCUGCAGGGAAGCGCAAGCGGGGCCGCGAGCGCAGCGUGGAGUGGUGCGCGGGCCAGCAGGUGUCGGGGGGCCGGCGCCACGGGUCCUCCUCUAGUCACUACCACAGCCUCCGCGUCCACCGCACCUCCACGCAGACCAGCAACGAAGACAGCAUGGAGUACGAGUAUUCUGAUGAUGCCAACAUGUCAGUUACGCUGUCGCUGAGGCGCAUUUUUUCUUUUUUUUUUCUUCUUCUUCUUUUUCUUUUUCUGGUAGAUUUUUUUUCCCUUUACUCUGAUGAAAAAUAUCUUGAUAAUUAUUUUUUCCGUAGACUUUCUUCUAUACACACACACAUUUAUUGGGAGCCAGGGAAGGAGCAAAAGGCCAACUGCAUAAACGUAGACUGCUUGUAUUAG